AUGUUAUACGUGGCAACCCAAUCAUCGGAAGAUCUCUUCCGUAUGGCAUCUGUGUGCCCAUUGUUCCAUACUUUGGCAAACAGUCCACAAGUGUGGAACACCAUUUCAAUGGCAAAGUACCCAGACCAUCCUAGCUGGUACCGUGCCAGACCUGCAGUCCAGCAUUUCUUGCAACAAUGCAAGGCUUACGAUAACCCUGAGUCGAUAUUUAGAGAAGCAUUCGAAGUUUUUUUCAGGCAGGGUAACGUGGAAGCGUUGUAUGGGAUGCGCAUUGUAGCCACGGCAGGCCAUAUGGAAGCGGCAUAUGUAGUUGGACUACUUGGUAUGUCCGGAAUUGGUCAGUCAAAAGAGGAUGCAUUAGAAUUCUUGUGUUCUUUGAAUCAACGUAACAACAUUGAUAUGAAAGGAACCAGGGAUGCUUUGACAUGA